AGUGUAGUACGUCCAGGAAUUGGCUAUAGCAUCGAGUUUCAUAGUCAGAAUCGGUAUUGUCUACAUUGGCCCUAACGAGUAGCUGAGCGACGGGAAGUGAUAUACUGGAUCAAAAAUCAGAAGAGCGGCUAAAAAAGUGGAAUUUUCGUGCUUGAUAUGAUCAUGUCUUCUAGAAUACUGAGUUUCGAGUUGAUUAUGAUCGAUUUACUUCUCCUCGCCUCGCUAUCAUGUGGUAGAGCCGCUAUCCUACCGAAGAGUACAUGAGGGGAUCGUCAAUACAAGGUGGGUUACUGGUGUGUAGCGUCCGUUGCAUCGGAGUGCCCCUAUCUAUAUCUGACACCGAUAGGUGUAAACCGCACGAGGAACUGGUCGGUCCCGCGUCAAUUGCCACAAAAUGUUCUACAUCUCCUUUUACAUCAACCCUUUCGCCGAUUAUGAAUUAUUUGGUCCUUGCACUUGUCAAUAAUCGAAUAACGCACGUAUGUUGUAUAAACACUCCACCUGAGCCCUUCAUGCCAGUUACACGCCAUAUCAAUCGCGACUUGGAGUAUGCCCGUUUGAAUGGGUCGCAGUUCCACUCUACUGGCAUACACGAUAUCUUACCAGAGAGGGCCUCUGCGACUGACCCCCCAUUUCUGAGCUACAUUCUUCUCCACUCAGGGAACAAUCAUCACUUCCAAACUCGAGCGAGGAUUUUGCAAAUACGUAUUUGUUGCUGUUGGAAACGUGGCUGUGUCUCGCCACUCACCCGCGUCAAUGCACUCAAUGUGUACUGUAGUGACUCGCCUCGUCCGGCAUCGGUUUUCAAAUGAAAAUAUCUGAGCCGUUCGACUUGGACAAUGGGGCGCAAAUGCUGUAGGAUUUGCCACGACCUUGAUCGUUAGUAGUGCUAGUAACUGUAUCCAAGCAUAAGCGCUCAAUGCGGCCGAGGUGGAGAUUCCUCCAGUGAAUGACGAGCAUUGGGGUCGCUGAAUCCUGAUGCAGGAUUGCAGUAAGUUCCAGCGUCUUGCACUGGCGUGCUCCUGUUGCAAGGCAGCACGCCAUUGUCCCUACUCCAAGGGUUGGCAGAACCGGAGAGAGCACAUUGAAAUUGGUUCCAUUUUAGGAUGAUCUGCCUAUUAAUGUUGAGGCAGAGGCUUCUGUGAGACAAGAAACGAUCCUGUGAACGAGC